UGGCAACCUCAAAGCAAAUCUUUUGCGAUCCUCGCCGUUGAUUGCAUGCCAAGGCAGUCCUAACUAUAGUAACACUCCCUCAGCGAUAGACCAUGUUGCGAUCCAGGGCACUUGUGGCUAGAGCAGGUCGCUCGUUCAGGCCCAAGUCCUCUCCUUUCCUUGGAUUCCGCUGCCUCUUGAUCCCCGACGACGAGAACAAUGGCAACAGCGAUGCGUAUUGGAUGUGCCAUCAUCAAGCAGCACCAAGACGUCACUUGAACACUGGCGGUGGUGGUCGACGCCAUGGAUGGAAAAACUCGAACGAAGACUCGAAGCGAAACAAGAACAAACCGAACUUUGCCAAGGAAUACUUGGAACCAGCUGCUCGGGGAGAGCUCAAGGCAAAGCAUUCUUCUGGAAUUCCCAAACUGGCAGUGCGAAGAUCCAAAGGACACAACAUCAAAGGCGACGACGAUGCGUCCGAGCGCAAGUCCUUGGAUGAACUCGACGAAUUCUACAAAGAAGCAGAAUCCGACGAUACUGACGUCGAUACUGAUGUCGAAGAUGGAAACCUGGUUGCUACCAUGUCGAGGGAUAUUUCCAGAGCUAAAAGAGAAUCCAGGAAUCGAAAGCCUCCAGGAGGUGGUGGAGGGGAAGGUGGCAAGUCGAUGGUGCCUUCUGGAAUCCCUCCUAGCAAACCAAACGAGGUUGUCAGUGUUGGCUACGAUACUGGAAGGACGGAUGAUUAUUGGAAAGAAGAAGACUACGACGAUUGUUUAUUCACGGACGAAGACAAGGCCCUGGCAAGUCAAAUCUUGGGCUCUGAUGGUGCCAUCAAUGAUGAGGAUAUCGAUCCGAUGACAUUAGCAGGAAUGGAAGAGAUUGCCCAAAUUGAUUUGGACGAAAUAUUGAACGCGGAGCUAAGUGACGGCGAAGAUGAAGAAUCUAGCGCUGAUGAUGCUGGCUUGGGCGAUGGAGACGACGAGGCCGAAGAAACACCACGACGAGGAAGGAGAGGGAGAGUUGAUGAUGAUGACGACGACGAAACCAUUCCAAAGAAGCAGAUGAAUGUCAUUACACCCAUGAAUACCAACGAACCGGACUUUUGGAGGGCAAUCAGAAACCACCCCACUCAAUACGCGGAAGUCAGAUAUCACGCAAUCCAUCCUGAAAGCAAAAGGGAACCGAGACCUUUCUACCCUAAGAAUAGGAACAACCCACCAAGUGGCAUCCUUGAUUUCUUCAAGCGAUGGUUGUACAUCACUGGAUUGCCACCAGCACUUCCCGAAGGAGGAUUGAAGCACGGCGGUGAAAAAACCUUGACUACUUUGCAACAGCAGGAAAUUCAAAAGGCUGUUACAAGAUUGUUAGGAGUUUCCUUUGGACAAGUGUUCCCGGCCAAUGCAACGUCUGCCUUUGUGGGAUUCGAGUCCGCAGAGAACCGAGACCUGAUUGUACGCAAGGGACCUUCCGAGUCGAUGCUGACGAGGACAAUCACCAUGGCUCCAUACACUCCGAGCGAGAACGAUAUGAAGCGGGCGUUUUUCCAGGAAAGUACCCCGGGCACCACUGUUAUCCUCGAAAACAUUCCACCAGACCAAUUGUGCAAAGAGACUUUGGGGCGAAACCUUUUCCCCGAGGGAUCAGAUCUUUGUGCAGCAAACACUGCGUCGAGCUUCAAGGUCAACUUUCCCACGCCGACAACUGCAUUAAUCCAAUUUGACUCGGAGGAUCGGGCAAAGUCUGUUGUCUCAUCUGAUCAGGUUGCAGCACGCCUGGAAAAGUUAGGAAAGUACCCAGUCCGAAUGUUCAAGGCACGGCGAAAUCUUGUGCACCAGGGAAUGGAUGGCACUGCUUGGAACCGUGAAAUUCGAACGCCGGGUGCAAAGCUCAUUGUGGAUGGCGACAUGCCGUCCAAGUACUUUUAUCAAUCGCAUGCAGGUGCAAUCAUGCUGAGAAACCUGGAUCGAUCUUCCGUCACAAAAGAGUCUCUCACCGAGUUCUUUCAGCCAUAUUCCGGUACCUUUCGGGAUGAAAAGGGAUCCAUCGAGUUUAUCGAUUGCCUUGGUGGGUUGCCAACCGAUAGAGCAUAUGUCGGUUUUGAUCGAUUGGGCGAAGCAGAAGCUGUCAUGCAGGCAUUUGGGGGCUAUGCUCGAAUCGGAAACACUCGCGUGGUUAUGAAACUUGUGAAAGAUAGAGGUCUUCCGGGUCUUCCAAAGCGAGUGUCAAGACCAGAGCGCACAGAGGAAGAGCUUAUGAAGAGUCUGAACGACUGGGAACAGUACGUCGACCAAGAAGAUAUCAAGUACCUCGAGAAGCAUGGCGUUGCCAAAGUUUUCAUUGAUGAGGCAUUGCGAGGAUUGCGAUUCCAGAACCGUUCCUUUGGUGCUCUUGAUUGGGCGAUGCGAGACGAGAAGCUGGAACCGGAAAAGGAGAGCGGCGACGACUACAAGGAAAUGGUGCAGAUGUAUAUAGAAACACUCAAAGAAUGCAUUGCGACACCCGAAAACCCUGGCGACAUAUUUGAAGGUAUGCACUUCCCUGAUGAGCCAAUAGACAUGACCAUUUUCGACAGGGAGAAGAAGCGGACGAGAGAAAUGUUGAAGAAGCGAGGGCUCUAGUUGCUAGCUACGGCAGCCAUAAUCUGAACUUGAAGUCAGGAACUUGCAACUACGACUAGAUAGCAUAAAGUACCUGUAUUAAUAGCUCAAAGGUGGCCUUUCCAUCUUGAAUCUCUCUGGGAAAGAUCACGUGAGCAAGCCGAAUCGAAUCUGUUCGGUCUUCAUGUAGUAGCUAGCUAGCUAUAGCGGUGACAAAAG